AUGUCUGGUAUUCUAGCAAUGCAUCAUCCGGCAGCUGGACGGGAUAUUAAGUCAGAUAUGAAUUAUCGACAAAGCACUGGUGAACCACUUAAACGAUUUGCUGAAGCGAAAACUAGCAUUGGUGAUAUUUACAAUCAAUUGGAGACUUAUGUUACGGAUCUCUUACUUUUCUAUAACGAAAUUCUGAACGACAAUGGAAAUGUGCCAGAUGAACAAAUGCAUGAAGUUGCACGCUUCAAAGAUAGUAUCAAAACAAUUCGUGAUAUGUUUAUGCGUGAUACUAUGAAAGUUGUUUUCUUCGGAAGAACAAGUAAUGGGAAGAGCUCAGUAAUUAAUGCUAUGUUGCAUGCAAAAGUAUUACCACAAGGAAUGGGACACACUACUUGUUGUUUCUUGCAAGUGGAGGGAAGCCCAGACGAUCAAAAAUUUGUUUUAAAUGAAGAUUCAUCGGAACGAAUGGAUAUUGAACAGUUGCAAAAACUAGGGCAUGCAAUGAGUGAUAGUAAUGUCUCACUUUCUGCAAUGGGGCAAGACUCACUUUUACACGUCUUUUAUCCCAAAUCAGCAUCGCGUUUACUACAGAAUGAUGUUGUCAUUGUUGAUAGUCCUGGUGUAGAUUUAUCACCGCAAUUUGAUAGUUGGAUUGACAAACACUGCAUGGAUGCUGAUGUCUUCGUUUUGGUUUGUAAUGCUGAGUCGACUCUUACACAAGCUGAGAAAAGUUUUUUUCAUCGAGUGAGUUCGAAGUUGAGCAGGCCGAAUAUCUUCAUCCUUAACAAUCGAUGGGAUGCAAGUGCAACCGAAGUGGAAAAUAUGCAACAGAUCCGAGAGCAGCACAUGACACGAUUUAGACAAUUUCUUGUGAACGAACUCAAAGUGUGUAGUGAGGCAGAGGCUGCAAAUCGCAUCUUUUUCAUAUCGGCACGUGAAAUGUUGGAUGUACGCUUAAAAGAACGAGGUGUAAUACAUCAUGCUUAUCAAGUUGAAGGACAUCAAUAUCGUGCGAUGCAAUUCUGUAAUUUUGAAACGCAAUUUGAGCAACUCAUUUCGAAAUCUGCUAUUAGCACUAAAUUUGAAGCUCAUGCACGGAGAGCCCGUGAAAUUGUGGGGGAAAUGAGAAAUAAUUUGGAUGUUGUGCAAAAUAGUACUCUUAAGCGAAAGACUGAGUUGCAGUCGAAUUUUACAACAAAAGAAACGAUAUUUAAGGAAUGUUUAAAUAACUGGAAGGAAUUCGAGCGACUUGCUAUCAUUGAAUCGCAGAGAUUGAGAAAUGAAGUGCAUUUAAAAGUGUCGGCAGAUUUCUAUGAAGAAAUGCAAAAGCUUGAAUCAAUUAUUGACAGAUUCGAUAACAAAUUCAUAGACGAAUCUGCUGCAAUUGAAGAGUAUAAAAAGAAUUUGGCAGAUUUUGUAGAUAAAAUCGUGACGGAGGAUUUAGAAGCACGUUGCACCAGAGGUCUUAUGCAGCGUAUUUGGAAUUUGGAGAAUUCCAUGUAUUUACAUGUUAACCAGAUACUCGCUGAACCAUAUACUAAAAAAUUAGAACAGAUUUGGCGAUAUCGACCUCCGUUCAAUUUUUCAAUCUGUAUCAAUUGUCCAUCGUUAAUGCAGGACUUUCGGGAAGAUUUGGAAUUCCGAUUCUCAUUCGGUGUUACAGCGAUCAUCAGACGAAUUAAUGCAUAUCGUUUAGGAAAACCUAUAACUGCUGUUGGUAGUCAGCCACUACUUGAUGUUUUCAAAAGUUACACUAAGCAAGCAAAUAUAGAAGUUGGGGAGGGAAAUAUGCAGCAAAAUUGCCAAGAAGAAAUGCAAAUGAUGACAACAGCUGAAUCGCAGGAAAAUGCCAUGAUGGCUCAACUUAUACUUUCUUCAAUUGGUUAUGUUGCUAACGGUAGUCUUGGCCUUCUCGUUAUAGGCGGAAUAGUUUCCAAAGCAAUUAGUUGGCGUUUCAUUGCUGCUGGAAUAGCAUUAUAUGGUGGCUUAUACGCUGCAGAAUACUGGCGUUGGAAUUCUGGUGCAAAAGAGCAACAUUUGAAAGAUCAGUUUCGGCAUCAUCUAAAUGCAAGAAUGCGUAGUGUUGCAACUACACAUACGUUGCAUUGUGAAACGCAAGUCUUAAGAGAAAUGCAACAAGUACUCGGUGGCUUAAAAAGUACAGUAGGUGGUGUACAUCAAGAAAUGAAGACCGAACUUGAUAAUAUGCGGAGAGAAAUUGAAAAAAUUGAUCAUGUUACCAAAGGACUUAACACAAUAAAGGGGAAAGCAUCAUUUCUGAACACAGAUUUGGAUCGUUUUGAGAACGAAUUUUUGAAAAAUGGUUCACAUUCACCAGUAAUUCAGUAG